CCGUUCCUAUCAACGUCACUGAGUAGGCGUUGCCGGGGGCCGGUCUGCCUGGCAGCCAAUCACGGGCGAAGCUCCGUCCUCUCUCCCUAAUUGCGGAGUAAUGCCUGCCCCCAUUGGCCGGGGAGCGUGUGACGUUGGUGAGGCCCCUCCGAACCCGGCCUCGUCCGCGGCAGUAGCGCAGAGUAUCCCCGAUCGUGUAGACUGGAAUGAGCCGGUGCUGGCAGCCGGAAGGAUGAUGAUGAUGGCGGCGGCUAAAGCGUUCCCGAGCCGCCUGGCACACGCCGCUGUCAUGGUCAAGGAGGAGCCGGACGAUGACUCUGACACGGACGAGCCCAACCUGCUGCUCAAGAAGUUGGACAGCGCCGAAGCGCAGAUCAUCCACAGCGGCCACUUUAUGGUGUCAUCCCCGCACAGCGAGCACCCGCCUAAGAAAGGCUACGACUUCGACACGGUGAACGAGCAGGCCUGCCAGACCUACAGCUUCGGCAAGACCAGCACAUGCCAUCUGUCCAUAGACGCGUCGCUCACCAAGCUGCUGGAGUGCAUGACGCUGGCGUACAGGUUCAAGAUGGAGUCUCUGAGAGCAGUAAUCUCAGGUCUGGAAGAGGGGGAGUUCUUAGUUUCUCUGGAUAUAAAGGACUUAGUUUCUCUGGAUAUAUAUUACCUCCAUAGUCCAAUAUGGCUGCCUCAUCAAGCUUACCUUAGGUUUGCUCUGCUGAACGAGCACUAUCAAUUCCAGGUGCUACCCUUCGGCUUGUCCACAGCCCCAAGGGUUUUCACGAAGGUAGAGGAAGGUGAAAAGGCCAUUGCCACAGAAGGGAAAUAUUGGAAGAGGAGAAUAGAGAUAGUGGUGCGAGAAUACCACAAGUGGAGGACAUAUUUUAAGAAAAGGUUACAGAAGCACAGAGAUGAAGAUCUCUCCAGUCUGGUUAAAGAUGAUGAUGUUAUCCCUUGGUAUACCAGUAUGGACGGCAGGGAAACCCCGGUGCCGAUGGAGGAAGAGGAGGAGCCUCUCCUGGAUAUGGAGAUGCUUAUGGCGGAGUUCAGUGACACUUUAUUUUCUACUAUUUAUUCACAUCAGCACAACCCAAAAGAAAUUGCACAUGCAGGGAAUGCAGAUAUGAUCCAACCAGAGCUUUUUCCUCUGCAGCCCAACCUGGAUUUAAUGGACACUUUUGAAUCCUUUCCAGAUUUAUUCUCUUCAAAAAGUCUGUCAUCUAAUUUAUUUAGUUCUGCCUCUACUGUACCUGCCGUCCCGCUGGCUGACCCUGCUUUGCGUUCCUGUAAUCAGACAUUGGCGCCAAUUUUGCCAACAAGCAACCUUGCACCUGUGAAUCUUGAUGAAGAGUUAAUCCCAUCCCCCGGUCCUCCCUCCAUCCUCCCACGAGUACGAGAAGUGAGAAGAGAGAGAGCUUCCAGUGUGGGCAGCAUCUCUGCUGCUCAUGGACCAGUCAAGUUUAACUCAGAAACUUCUAUAAGCAGCCAGCAUGGUUUUAGCGCCAUUUUCCCCCCUCCAGUGACGAUCUUCCAUACCCCUUCUGCUCCACCGACCGUGCCUCCAAAUGCCUGCCUGGCACCCCAGACUUCCUUUGUUAGCACGGACACAAAUAAAUUCCCAAUUUGUAAUGCCUCCGUUAUCACGCACACAGCCUCUGCCACCCUUACCCAUAAUCCUUCUGCAACUACCUUCAGCCAGAGCCAGAACCUCAUUUUAACUACACAACAACAAGUGCCUUGCAACAUUUCACUGCAAACUGCCGGGGUCACUCAACAAAAUGCCCCUCGGCCCCACACAUACUUUGCACUCUCCAGCUCUGGAGCCAAGCAGAAAAAACAGCCUAAAAAAAUUGUGCCUGGUCCCCAGCCAGAGACACUAUCUUUGCUUUUUACACCUGCACCCUUUUCAGGUCAGACUCAAGCUGUGAUCGUAUCGCCUGCCUCACGUAAGAGAAAUACCAUGCUUGCACCAAGAAUUCCCCAAUCCAACGUUGUCAUUGCACCAGCUGGACUUUCAGGAACCUCUGGAGAGUUUCAUGGCAGUAUCCUUGUUGGAACAGCUCAGCAAUCUCAGGGCAGCCAGAAGUCCCAGUCUGCUGUGACUCGAAUCUAUCCUAACCCAGUGGAUGAGAAUUUGGUGAAGAGAGAAAUGACUCCCUCACAGAAUUGCAGUACUGUGCCUUCUCCUUCAUCCUGCUGGGAUUGUCAGAAUUCAAGGCAGGGAUCACCUUGUGCAUCUGAACACAGCCUCAGCCCCCCACACAGCUCAGGAAAAACCACAGUGGAGACGCAUGGUUGUAUUACUAAGAACCAGAGAUUGAAGCCUAUUUCUGCAGAACAGAAGAGGAGGUUUAAUAUAAAAAUUGCCUUCAGCACACUGAACAGUUUUGUGUCCUCCAGCACCAAACCGAUCAGCCAUGCCAUCACACUACAGAAGACAGUGGAGCAUAUUGCGAAGCUGCAACAAGAAAGGGCUCAUGUGUUGGAAGAAAUGAAGCGACUCAGGGAAGAGGUGGAAGAAUUAAACAUUGCUAUCAAUUCUUGUCAGCAGCAGCUUCCAGCCACAGGGGUACCAAUAGCGCCACAGAGGGUCAGUCGCAUGAGGGAACUUUUUGACAAGUAUGUGAAAACCAGAACUAUUCAAAACUGGAGAUUCUGGAUCUUCAGCAUCAUCAUUAAACCAUUGUUUGACUCUUUCAAUGACAUGGUAUCAACAACCAGCAUCGAUGAGUUAUACAGAACCACUCUAGAAUGGCUGGAUCUGCAUUGUUCCCUUCCCUCUCUGAGGCCCAUGGUUCUGAGCACACUCCGCUAUCUGAGCACGACGACAUCCAUUCUGUCUGAUCCAUCAAGCCUGCCCGAGCAAGCCAGACAGGCUGUUAAUAAGAACAGUAAGAGUGGCGGAGGAUCUUAAAUGAUGAACUUUUCCAUAAGUGGAAAUAAAUGCUUGUGCUGUUUCCUUGCAUUGCUCUGUGAGCCAUGAUCCUACACUCCACCUGAGUAACUGUGCUGAAGCAAUCGAUGAAUGGCCGUCCCAAUGCGUCCAUGGCUAUCAGGGAAUCCCCAUCUUGGCGAAUUUCAAAGGUGUCGCUACAGCGAAGAGCAGAAAUAACCGGAGACUUUCUGCACUAUUAACCUCGGCAAGAAAAGCUAUAGCUGAUUCCAGACAUAAAAAAACCAAGAGUCAAAGGGAAAUACAUUUCUGUGAUGUUAUCUAUUACUAUUUGUUGUCAACAAAUACAACCUCUUAUUUUAAGUGUUUUUACCCAACUUCUGUAGGCUUUUACCAGACUUCUAGCAGUGAUCUAAUGGCAUUUGUAAACCGUAAGCGAAAAUAGGUCUGUAUAAUGAUAAUCAGCUCAUCCUUUCAUUUAUUUAACGGACACCUUAUUUCACUCAGGUUUUUGCGGUUUCAUUUUUCCAAGGUAGUUUGUGGUGACAAUGCUACAUUGAUGCAUCAUCCCAGAGAUUACGUCGUUGCCAUGAGUAACUCCUUUGUUUAUAGAUACAGAGGCAGGAAGUUGCACAGCUGGCUGUGACGUUGGCAUCUGCUUUCAGUUAGCAGACACUGCAGGCUCUAAUAUAAGUAUUGCGUCUGUAUGUAUCUACUGUAUAUCUAGGUGUGUGUAUAUGUGUGUAUAUAGGUAUACAAUAUAUCAACAGAACCUUCCUAUUGACUGUAGUAAAGUGGGUACACUAUACGACAUGUGCAAUCUUUCUAAAGUUGACCAAUCUGCAGAAUCUUGUAGUGUUCACCCAAUCUAUCGUUUACACAAGUCACCGUGCUGCAUAUCAGAUAGGACGAUGUGAUGUUGUUACAGUAAGCGUGUAAGGGAGUAUUGCACUGCCAUCAUUGUUGCGCUUCAUCACCGCGCAGCUGGGUCGCACCGUUGUUCAGGUAUGUUCCUAGCUUUAGUCAGAAGCGUAAUGGACUUUUUGUGCAGAAGUGUCGCCAUGCUUCUCAGGUAAAAGGUGCCAUUGCUUUGAUUAUUAGAAUGGUUUAAGAAACAGGAAAUACAUCACAUGGAUAACUUGUCUAUCUUCAAUAUCUUACACUGAAAUUAUUCAGAGAAAAUGUAUCUUUUCCCUUAGAACUGCAUUUAAUGUGUAUAUUGACACAUACGCCUCUACUAAACCAGCCAGGGAUCAGAGCUCGCAUUCUAGUAGAUUCUGGCUUCUAGAUCUACAGUAGUUUUAAACUGUCCUCCCGCCCUGGUCUUUUUAAAUGGUUAAUUUAAAUCUACAAUUGAAAUGCUAGUCCCCUGUACAAUGAUCUGUGGUGUUUUACAGUAAAAGAUACUGGUGUACAAACAACCUGUCUAAAUGCAGACAAAGCCGUAUUUACUUUUGAAAUAAAGUUUUCCUGCAGCUUCUGAAAACCUUAACAUAAUUUGUAUCUUACUUAAAUAUGCCCUGUAAGCAGUGGAAUAAUAUGUGAGCAUGUUUUGCUUACUGCCAGGCACAAUGUAAUAAUAGUAACUUGUAAUAUAAGGCUGUGUUAGUCCACGGUGCUCAGACACCAUGAAAUCUUAUGUCCAUGUUCCUUUCGAACUUUGCAUGAGUGUUAUACACAGGGAUUUUUUUUGUUCAAAGAAACAAUAAAUUGGUCAAUAUGGGUGGGUACAGUAUGUGUGUGUGUAUGUAUAUAUAUAUAUAUAUAUAUAUAUAUAUAUAUAUACAGUGCUGUGCACAAGUUUGAAAAAAUGCUGCAAAGUAAGAAUGCUUACUAAAAUAGAACUGUUAAUAGUAGAAUGCAAAGUGAAUGAUGAGAAGAGAAAUCUAAAUCAAAUCAAUAUCUGGUGCGACCACCAUUUACCUUCAACACAGCAUCAAUUCAUCAAUUAUUCUAGGUACACUUGCACAAUUUUUGAAGGAUCUUGGCAGAGAGAUUGUACCAAACUUCUUUGAGAACUAACCACAGAUGACCUGUGGAUGUAAGCUUGCUCCAAAUGUUGAUCAGGACUCUGUGGGGGCCAUAUCAUCACUUCCAGGACUCCUUGUUCUUUAUGCUGAAGAUAGUUCUUAAUGACAUUGGCUGUAUGUUUGGAGUUGUUGUCCUGCUGCAGAAUAAAUUUGGAGCUAAUCAGAUGCUUCCCUGAUGGUAUUGCAUGAUGGCUAAGUACCUGCCUGUAUUUCUCAGCAUUGAGGACACCAUAAUCCUGACCAAAUCCCCAACUCCAUUUGCUGAAAUGCAGCCCCAAACUUGCAAGGAACAGCCACCAUGCAUCACUGUUACCUGAAGGCACUCAUUAUUUUACUGCUCUCCAACCCUUCGGCGAACAAACUGCCUUCUGUUACAGUCAAAUAUUUAAAAUUUUGACUCAUCAGUCCAGAGCACCUGCUUCCAUUUUUCUGCACCCCAGUUCCUGUGUUUUCAUGCAUAGUUGAGUCGCUUGGCUUUGUUUCCAUGUCAAAUGUUUGGCUUUAUGGAUGCAGUUCUUCCAUUAAGACCACUUCUGGCCAGACUUCUCCAAACAGUAGAUGGGUGUAUCUGGGUCCCACUGCUUUCUGCCAGUUCUGAGCUGAUGGCAGUGGUGGACAUCUUCUGAUUUCGAAGGCAAAUAAGCGUGAUGUCUUUCAUCUGAUGCACUGAUGCAAGUUUCCUUGGCCGACCACUGCGUCUACAGUCCUCAACAUUGCCUGUUUCUUUGUGCUUCAGUUCUGAGAAAUACAGGCAGGUACUUAUCCAUCAUGCAAUACCAUCUGAGAGGCAUCAGA